AUGGCUGAAGGAGAACCACUACCAAGGGGUCCGUGUGUUAAUAGUCCAAGGAGAAAUGUUCAGUUUGCGAGAAAUGCAAGAAAUUCUGAGAUGAAGACCGGUAUUCUCCAAAUUUUAUAUUCAACUCCUUUUGCCAGUCUUGACCAUGAAGACCCUUACACUCCCCUUACAAAGUUCUAUGAGAUUGCUGGAGCUGUCGGAGCUCCCGAAAAGGAGGAAGAGCAAGUGUUUCAGAGGUUGUUCCCACAUUCGUUGAUUGGGAAGGAUAAAGAUUGGUAUCUGGAUCAACCGACUCAAACAAUGACAAAUUGGAAUGACUUAGAAGAAAAGUUUCUUGAAAGGUUCUUUCCUCAGUCAAGGUUUUUCGAUGCUAAAACUGCUAUUUCAGUGUUCUCUCAAGGUGUCAAUGAAUCUCUUAAUGAAGCAUGGGAGAGGUACAAGUCAAUGCUUAGGAAUUGUCCAACUCAUGGGUUUGAUGAUCGAACUCAAAUUCACAUUUUUCGCAAUGGUCUUCAACCUCAACCAAAACUUUUGUUGGAUGCUACUGCUGGAGGUUCGUUUAUGGCAAAAACUUCUGAAGAGGCAAUUGAGAUUAUUGAGAAGAUGGCGCGGAAUGAUCACCAAGUUCAACAUAAUCGAGGAGUUGUUCAAAAGAAACCGAGACUUAUUGAAUUGGGGACCAAUGAUGUGAUUCUUGCUAAAAAUAAGUUACUUUCUCAACAAGUGGAAGAACUCACCAAGCAAAUGGCAAGGCUUCCUCAACAAUUGAAAGAAAUGCAAGAUCGUAACAAGAACAACCAAGUUGCUUUGUGUGAGCUUUGUAGCGGAGACCACCUUAUCGGAUAUAUUCCACCGAAUUUUGAGACUCAAGUUGGUCAACUAGCUAAUCAAUUGGCCGAGAAACAAACUGGACCAUCAUUCACGGCGAAUACUCAAACUAAUCCUAAGGAGCAUUGUAAGGCGGUUGUGGCUAGGAGUGGAAGAGUACUUGAAAGUGAAGUUAGGAAGGAGGUUGAAAAGGAGGAAGUUAGUAUAGAGAAGGAAAAAGAAGUAGAGAAAGCUUUGGAGCAAAUGCCAAAAUAUGCUAAGUUUAUGAAGGACGUCCUCACAAAGAAGAGAAGUUACACCGAGCCUGAAACGGUUAUUCUUGAUGCCAAGUGUAGUGCAAUUAUUCAAUGUACUUUACCGAGGAAGGAGAGAGAUCCUGGAAGAGUCACUUUUUCGGUUACUAUUGAUGAUAUUCAUGUUGGAAUAGGUUUGAUUGAUUUGGGUUCAAGUAUCAAUUUGAUUCCAUUGUCCAAGGUUAAGAGGUUAGGAAUUAUUGAUAUGAAGGAUACAAGAAUGACAUUACAAUUAGCGGAUAAGUCUACAACUCGCCCUUAUGGGAUAGCGGAGGACUUGCUUGUGAAAGUUGACAAGUUCUUGUUUCCGAUUGAUUUUGUUGUUAUUGACAUGGAGGAAGAUAAUGAUACACCAUUGAUACUAGGAAUACCUUUUAUGAAGACGACAAGGAUGAUGAUUGACAUUGAUGAUGGUUUGAUGAAAUUGAGAUUUCAAGAUGAAGAAGUUUGUUUUAAUUUGUUUGAGCGAUGA